AAAUAUGCGAAUAAUUUAUUAAGAUAUUAUUUAUAUUCGUUGAUAGUUAAUCUUCUCAAAUAAUUUUGUUCAAUGUAAAUUACGCAAUGGCUUUAGAAUUGACAAACGGCUCUAUUGAGAAACUAUGUAAUGGCAUAUUUGUACAACGACCAAUUGUACAAUUAAUGGGUUUUGAGGCUGUACAAGUGAAACCUAAUGAAACAAAUUAUCGUCUAGUUUUAUCAGAUGGCACCUUCAUGAACUCAUAUUUUUUCCUGUGCAGUCAGUUGAAUAAUUUGAUUGUAGAAAAACAAGUGAAAUAUGCAACUAUAUUGAGAAUUGAUGAGUACAGAUUUAUGAAUGGAGAAAAUUCCACCAAUCAUAGUCCAAGAUGGAUUAUACUCAUUCAGAAAGUAACAGUGUUAAUUCAUAGGAAGGUUUAUGGAAAUCCACAACCUUUAACAAAUGUUGAAAAAAAAGAAAUGCCAUUAAUAAAUUUAAAUAUGAAUAAAUGUCUUAGCAGGGUGUUCUAUUGUGUUGAACAAUUGGAAAACAAUCUUAUAAAUGUGAAAGAUUUGACCAACCUAUCUAAUGGGAGUUGUCCUUUUGUUCUAAAAUUGACUGUUGUAAAGAAAAGUUCAAUAAAUACUUACAAUAGUUGUAGAAUUUUAAAUAUCAACAUGUUAGAUUCUACGGGUGUAGUACGUGUCAGUGCUUUCAAUUUACUUUCAGAUACCAUAAAUGAAAUAAUUGAAGAAAAAAAAAUGUACUAUAUAGCUGAUACAAUAUUGAAACAUAACCAAUUUGGCUGUGAAUUAAAACUUCAAUCUCAUUCAGUGAUAAUUGAAUGUUUUGAUCAAGUUGAGCCACAAAUGCCAUGUAUAAAAACAUCUAAUUUUAAUAAAUUAUUAGAAAACAGUCCAAAUACAUUUUGUGAUUUAAUUGGUGUGUGCAUUGAAGUUGGCGAUAUAGAAGUUUGCAGUAAUACAACUGCUCGAACAGAAGUUGCAAAACGAGAGAUUCUAUUAAUCGAUUUAUCAAUGGCAACUAUUACUUUAAAAGUCUGGGGUGAACAAGUCAACAAAUUUAACGAGAAGUUUGAUGACCCACCAAUUGUAAUGGUUAAGCAAGCUGUACUUAAACAAUUCAAUGGAACUAAAUAUUUUUCAAUGGUAAAAUUCAGUGUUUUAUUUAUUAAUCCAGAUAUACCAGAAACACAUCAGUUAAAAGAAUGGUAUAGAGAAUUAAUUUUAACAGAAGAUUUUUAACAGUGUCGUAAUAAAUUCACAAUACUUUAAUAUUCUCCAAUUUAAAACUGGUUUUCAUAAAUAUAUCCUU